GCGCCGCGCGCCCCGAACUACACUUCCCGGCAGGACGCGGGCGCGCGCACGCGCUCGGGGACCUCCACCAUGGCGACCGUGCUGUCCAGGGCGCUCAAGCUCCCGGGGAAGAAGAGCCCAGACCUGGGGGAAUAUGAUCCCCUCACCCAGGCUGACAGCGAUGAGAGCGAAGAUGACCUGGUGCUCAACUUGCAGCAGAAGAACGGAGGGCUCAAAAACGGGAAGAGUCCUCUGGGAGAAGCGCCAGAGCCCGACUCGGACGUCGAGGCCGCAGGGGCUGCAAAGCCACACCUUGCGGAAGUCACCACGGAGGGGUACCCCUCGGAACCCCCCGGAGGCCUGGAGCAGAAGGCGACCUCCUCCCUGGUGUCCUAUGUGCGCACAUCCGUCUUCCUGCUGACUCUGGGGAUCUCGAUGAUCCUCGUGCUCCUGUGUGCUUUCCUGAUCCCCUGUCCCCCCAGAGAUCUGCACAGCACCUGGAGCCGCCACCUGGGCUCCCAGGGAGGUGGGGACUUGUCUCCAUUGGAACUGGCUGACAUGAAUGGAGACGGCCUGCGUGACGUGCUUCUCUCCUUUGUGACCUCAAGGAAUGGGAGUGCAGUAGGUGUCUCAGGACCAGCUGCUAAUCUUGUGUGCCUUUCGGGGAUGAAUGGCAGCACACUGUGGUCGAGUCCCCUCCCCGAGGAAGCCCGAGAUAUCACAUGUUUGGACCUGGUGCCAAGAGGUUCGGCUGGAACCGUCUGCCUGGUGACAGGAACUCACAGAGUGCUCAGCGCAUUCAAUGCAACGUCAGGGAAAGCCAUUUGGACUUUAAACUCAAACUACUUGUCCAACGGCACCUUGGCUGCCCCGGUCGUGGUGUUGCCGGACUUGGACGAAGAUGGCGUUAGAGAUCUUGUGGUUCUGGCCAUUGGGGAAUUGCAGCCAGAUCUGUGCUUUCUGCUGGUGUCUGGCCGGACAGGAAGUCCACUGGGCCGACCUGUGAAGUACAACAUCGUGGGAGUUGGGAAUCUGAUUGGUCCCCAGGUUUACGUCACCACAAAUGGGGCUGUCUACAUCCUGUUUGGCUUCGGAAAUAUACAAGCUGUCGCCCUGCGGGACAUUUUUGUUCAGGCCCAAAAUCGAGACAGCUCACCACCUUCUCUGCAGAUAGAAGAGCCAGAAUGGGAGAAGCGAAGAUCCAUCAACCUGUCUGAGCUCAUUGACGUGUACAGUGAUGGUGUCGAGCUGCUCCAGAUGGUGAAGGCACCAGAUUCCAACUGCAGCAACCUUCUGAUUACAACCAGACAAGGCCUUGUCCUGCUUCGGGGGCAAAAUCUUACACCGUACUGGACAUUGAGCCUUCAAGGCCUGCGCAGCCAGCCUACUCCUGGGUAUUUCACUGAUGAUCGCACACUGGACUUCCUUCUGCAGAUACAGGAUGGAGUUGGGAUGAAAAAGAUGAUGGUGGUGGAUGGUGAAUCUGGCUCCAUGGUUUGGAGUUACAGCGUUCCGUGUCACAUGAAAGAAACGCCAGCCACUUCAGCAGUCACCUCGGAGCAGAAGUCUGUCUUCCUCUUCUGGGCGGAGGGGCUGUCAGCUGCGUCUCCCAACUCCGAUGCCGUGCAAGGAACGGAGCCACCCAGCCUUUACCAUCUGUACCUCCUGCAUCCGGCCUUCCCCUCCAUCCUCCUGGAUCUGGCCAACACCACGGGCAUAGUGACGGCUUCGCAGGUUGGAAUUAACGACCUCUGGAAAGAUGCCUUUUAUGUUACCAGGACAACAGGGCCAAGCUCCGAAGGCCAUCCAGCAGCCCUGGUGGUCAGCAAGCUUAGCCUGCGGUGGGCACUGAUGGAGGGCCAGGUGGCCCAGCUACGGGAGACCACCCCCAAAAUUGGCCGUGGGGAGUUGCGGAGAUUCCUCUCUAGGAUAAAGUUUGUUGAUGCUCCCUGUGAGAUCUAGUCUGAUGGAACCUUCAGUUUCAGAAGACAUGAACAGAAUGGAGACCCUCUCUCUCCUGUCAGUGUGAAAUCAGUUCUCUGGAGAGAAGAGUGUUCCGACCUCAUGUUACCACCUCCACCCGACUGCUGCAAAGCACUUUGGAGUUCUUUGAUAACAGCAUGAUCCAUUCGGCUGGGCGUCUCACCUACUACCUUUUCAAUCCCUGCAUUAACCGCCUCUAGGAACUGUGUGUGGAUAGUUUGGAAAUGUGAAUCUUAAAAGCGUUUUAUUUUUUUGUGUGUCUAAUUUAUAAACUCUUGCUGGGAAAUCCAGUGAAGUCUACGACUAGGAAACCUCUUGUGUUGCAUUAUGCCAUGUUCGUGUGUUGUUAGUGUUGUGGUGAAGUUUUUCAGGUAUGUCCUAAGCUUCAGGGAUCCCGUUUCUUGUCCUUCUGAAAUAUAUCCGGUUUGUUGGCCAUCUUGAGAUUUCCAGGUGGCCCACCUCUGAUUUCGAGGGCCACUCCUCCUUUCUCUCCGGGUUCUCUCCCGCUCUGUGCUCUGGCUACUUCCCGGCUGUAGACUGCAGUGAGACAUUGGCAGCUGAAGACUGCGUUAGCCGUCCCGGCAUCUUCAUCUCUUCCUUGAGUCUCCUGUUUCCUCAGACUUUGCAUCUGUGUCCGUUUAGUGGCCACAAGAAUAACCGUAUUCCUAUCACAAGGGUAGCAAGAGAAACAGAGUUUCAGUGACCCAUCUCUGACCAAUUCCAUCUGUUACAUGUGGCUUGGAUGCUUCUGCCAGUCGUGAUCUUCCUCCGUGGUGGUGCAGAAGUGUGUGCGUGCAUGCCGUCUUCACCCGCGAGGACAGCUGGACGUCAGGGAGCUUUGAGGCUGCUGCCUUACUGGCCUCCUCUCUCCUCUGCUCUCUUUGCAUCUUUUUCUGUAGGGCAUCCUCUCCCCUCCUCUCCCUUGCUUUCUCUUCUAUUCAGGGAUAUGUUUCCGGACUUUUGCUUUUGCUGCUUGAGUCCAAUAUGCAGCCACUUUGCCCUGCACUUGUUCCUUGUAGAGCCUUUGGAGCACUGUACUUUGAGAACAUUCUUAUGUAAAUACUACAACUUUUGUAAAUGGUUAAGUUCUUUAGAAUUAUCUCCAGUGCUUACUUUUCCCUUCUCCUGUAUAAAUCUGUUACUUCUGUUACAUUCUCCACAAA